AUGCCUUCAGCAGCGAAUGGAAAGUCUGAGAAGGCAGCCUCUUCGGAGGCAAUGGAUAACUCGCCUAUACGACAGAUUAUGACAAUUAUUGAACACAAAAUCCGUAAUUUGGAGAAAAGAAAGAGCAAGUUGACGUCCUAUCGAGACCUGCAAAAAGCUGGGAAGGAACUAAAUUCUGACCAAAAAGUUGCUGUUGCAAAAUAUGAUGAGGUUGCUCAGACGCUUGAAUUUGCAAGGGACCUAUCAAAACAGGUUACUGGGAUAGCCACUUCGGCCGAGCGUGAGGCCAAGAAACAAGCAAAAAAGGAUGCCUGGGUACGUUAUGCAGCUGAAACUAACAAAAUUCGUGAGGUGUUACUCAUAUUGGACUGUCUGAAUCAAAUGGGUAAUACUGAAGCUAGAAAUGACUUCCUGACUGGAUCAAAUGGAGCUGUCAAACUCACAGAAGAAGAUCUGAAAAUUCUUGAUGAUUUAUACCCUGAAGUAACUCCCAAACAUGAGCUGAAUGAAGAAGGUCAAGCUGGUUUUCACAUUCAUACUGCCAAAGCUGCUGAACAUCUUUAUGCUAUAAUUGAUGGCAAACCUAAAGAAAUUUUAGGAACUACAUACACUCACAUAAAAGAGAUAGUGGGCGCUGUUCACGGGUGUGGUUAUUUCGAUCGUUCACUGGAUGCUUUACCGGCGGAAAUCGAAGAGAACCACAUCCCUGUUCCAGAGAUGGAAUCCGUUGACGUCGAAAACGAAGUGGAAACCGAGGUCCAGGCCGCAUAUCCGCCCACAUUACCUGUACCGCCGGCGCCAGCCGUCGUACCAGCUCCCGCUUACCCGCUCAGACCCCUGCCUCCCAUCACAUUGCAGGAGGUAGAGCAUGCAUACUUCGCUCAACAAUAUCCACAGCAGAGACCUAUCGCGGAGGUUAUCGGCUCCCAGAAUUUUUUCUUCCUGCAGGAGUCUGAGAUCGACAGCCCCGUCGGGACUCCACAGCCGCCGCAGAUACCGAAUCAGGCGUCGCCUCCGGGACCGAUUCCAACGCAGACAUUCACAAACCAGCACUUCGUGCAGCCCGGCGCAAUCGCUCUUCCUCCGCAGCCGCACUUCCCGCCGCACCCUGAGCACGCUGCCUACGCGUCCGCUGUCCCGCUACAGGCUGUGCACGUGCCGGCGCUGCAACCCGUGCUGGCGCCCGCUCCGGCCGCGCACCCUGUACACUCGGCACACCCCGGCACGCACCCCGCACACCCCGCGACACACCCUGUGCCCUCCGCGCUUCCGCAACUCGAAGAACGUUCCGCGAGUUCGCCGGCCGAUGACAACAAUGAGGACGAAAUAAAGGAAUCUGGAAGCCCAGACCGCGAGGACGGUGGUGAGAGAAAGAUUCAGGGCCAGGGGGAUGGACAAUCUAGAUACAGGCGAUACGGCCGAGGUGGCGGCGGUGGCGGCAGAGGCGCUCCCAACGGUCAUCGAGGUCGCGGCUCCUUCCAGAACAGGCAAGGUGAAGGUUACCGCGGCAGACACCCCGGCGAGUAUCAGGGAAGAUCUGGCAAGGACGGAUACCAGAAUAGACAGUACGAUGGUUAUCAGAAUAGACACAAGGACGGCGGCUACCAGAGCCGCGGAGGUGACGACCGCGACGGUUACUACGGAAACGGUGACACGGGAGAUAAUCACCAGCAAAAUGAAAACGGCGGUCGCGACAGAUACAACGACAACCAAAGCUACCAGGGCGGCUUCAAGGGCCGCGGCAGAGGGGGCCGGGGUGGUCCGCGGGGGGCUACGCGUCCCCGCCCGCCGCAAUACGCGCGCAAGCCGGAGAAAGUGGAAUAG